AUGAGUUAUGUAAUUUAUAAUAAUGUAAAAGUUAUAAGGUAUAAUUUAUAACUUAUUACAAAAUUAAAAAAACAGUAUUUUAUGUGCUUAUCACAAUUAAAAUGUAAAUAAACGGCCUCAUGUUCAUAUCAGUUCAGGACCGUGAAAACACAAAGGCCUCAAUUUUGAAUGUCCUAUCCAUGUUUAUAAGAUCUAUGGUUUUAAGCUAAACAUUUUGUUAUCAAAUUAAAAAAAAUUGUUAUCUAGAACUUUUUUGAUUUCAUAACAAUAUAUUUAUACACGAACAUAGAUACACGAUACUAAUUUAUUUAUAUUGUAGUUAAUAUUGUAUAUUCACGUACACAAAAUAUAGAGAAUGAUAAUGUUUGUCCAAAAAAAAUGACCUCUAAAUGGCUUCAAUCGCCAACAUUGGCAAUAUAGAACACUUAGCAAUCUAUUUUAUUAUCCAUAUCUGUAGUCGUCUUUGUCAAUCUGACUUGUAUACACGAUAAAAAAAAAGCGGGAAUUUAUUUUCUGUUUUUGAUAUGAAGUAAAUUUGAUUGCUAAUGAUGUUUAUCAACGAUCCUUGAAUCCCUUUUUUUAACGAUUGAUUUUUUUAGUGGCUACAAUGAGAUAACUGUGGUUAUAAUUAGUUUUUCAUUUUGAUUAACAUGGCUGGAAGACCAGCUAAAAGAUCUUGUGAUGAUGGGAUUUUCACAGAUAACAAAAAGAAAAAAAUCGCUAAAGAAAAGCGUGAUACACUAUCAUUAAAAGAAAAAUCUACCACCAUCUGUAACGGAGAUUCAAAACAAAAGAAAGCGUUUUUUGCUUAUUUUGGUAAAACACUAAAUGUUAAUGAAAAUAAAAUUGAUGAAGAAGACAACUUAAUGAUUUUACCAAACAAAAAAAUAACUAUAAAUAAAAUCAGAAAAAGUGACCCUACAUUACUACUUUGUAUGAAAAAUGAAAAAAAAAUAGGAAAUUCAAGCUUUAUAAAUAUUUGUGCAGAAGAAAAGAAUGAAUGUUUAAAUUAUAACAGUUUCUUUUUUGAAGAGUUAUGUCUUUUUCCAAAAAUAACUCAUGCUAAUUGGUCAAUAUCACAUAAUAACUCAAUAAUUAAAAUGAUUCUUAAAGAUCCAGUGUUGCAUGACAAUAUUAUUAGAAGUUCUGAUCUUCUAUGCAAUACAUUGAGCUCAAAUUCUAAGUGUCUAACAUUACAACCAUAUACAAAAUCUAAUAAUAUUUCAUCAAUUUUAUCAUCUUUGAAAAAGAUUGUACCAGAUUUUCCUGUUUCUGAUACGUACAAAAAAUUGAAAAAACAAUGUGUGCUAGCCAUGAAAAAUUCUAUUGAAGGUGAAAAUCUAUGGAUUAAUAAGUAUAAACCAAUUUCUAAUACAGAAGUUUUAAGUAAUAGUGUUUUAGUAAAAAAAUUGAAAAAAUGGUUGGAAUCAUAUAAGAAAAGCGAGCAUAAUAAAAACAUUAAAUAUAAAUAUUAUGAUCAUGACUUUAUCGACAAUAAUGAUAGUAACAAUACUCAUAAAGUUCCUCAUAACAUAGCAAUUCUUGUUGGACCUAUUGGCUGUGGAAAAACUGCUGCUGUUUAUGCUGUUGCUAGUGAACUUGAUGCAAAUAUUAUUGAAUUGAAUGCUUCGUGUAAUCGAAAUGGAAAACGUAUUUUAACAGAUUUAAUAGAAGCAACCCAGUCUCAUGCAGUAAAAAAAAAUCCUAUUUUCAAUAUGGUUAAAGAAAAAAAAAAAAAUAUUAAGAAUGUUAAAAAACAAGAAUGCAAAAAAGAAAAAAUGACUAUUAUACUUAUAGAAGAUGCUGAUAUUAUUUUUGAAAAUUAUGAUGAUGGAUUUAUUUCUGCGUUGUCUACAUUAGGAACUGAUUCUAAAAGGCCACUUAUUUUAGUAAUUAAUGAUCCAUUUAGUAAUCAUUUACUUAAAUUUUUCAACUCUAAUGAAUUAAUACUAUUUUUUGAGUACCCAACUAGAGAUUAUUUAAAGUGUUUACUUCAUUUAAUAGCACUAAAUGAGGGUGCUGUAGUAACAGAUAAAAUAACAGACUCAUUAAUUCAUAUCUAUAAACCCGACAUAAGGCAGAGUAUAAUUCAGUUAGAAUAUAUGGUAAAAAGUGGAGAAUUGAAGCAGGAUAUUUUAAAGUCUGCUGUAACUCAUAAUCUAAGUAUUAAUUCAACCUGGUGGAAUUGGCCAACAACAACUGGAUGCUACAAAAUAAACUCUUCAAAAAAUAAAAAGACUGAUCUAGCUGAAAAUAUAUCUUCUUUGUCUCAGUACUUAGAUGAACUAUCAAAAUUGAAUUUGAUUUUUACCAAAACUCAAAACUACACCUUCUUAGAUCCUCAACCAUUUUGGAAUGAAAUAACAAUAAGAGAUAGUUCUACUCAAAAUAUGAACAAUUAUUCACAUAGUAAUUUGAACCUAUUAUCUACAGAGUUAUCUCAAUGGAUUUAUGAAAAACUUAAUAUACAAGAAGACAUAAACGAAAUAUAUAUUGCUACAUCAGAAAUUUUAUGUGAAAGACAAAAGUUGUGGGAUACUUCUAGAGAUAUACUAAAUCAAAUUGGUUUAGAAAACUGUAACCGAAAAUACCAAACAAGCUUUGAUUACUUAGCUACUAUACGAUCAAUGGGUCGAAUAAACCAAGGAAAUCAGCCCUCUGGUAAUUUAAGACAAUCCCGUGCAUUUCCUUAUUUGAAGCGUAUUAAUAUUGAUGUUGACGAUGAUAAAUUAAAACAACUAUGUGAUUCACUCUGUAUAAAUAAUAAAGAUAAUAAAUCUAAUGAAGUGUUAGAUCAGUUUUAAUGUCUUCAUUUGCAUAUAUGAGUAAAAUUUUACCAAAUUGUAUAAGUUAAUUUAAUAUUGUAAAUUAUUAAUAUUUUAUUUGUAUUUUUUAAAUAAACGUACGUACCACUUCCAAA